CUUUUGCUGCUCUGUUUUCUUUUUAUUUUUAUACAGUGACUGUGAUCAGUGAUGUGUGUAUGCUUGCUGCCCUGUUUUUUUUUAUUUCAAUACAGUGUGACUGCUCUGGUUGCUGCUCUUAAAUCUUAAUAGUCUUUAUUUUUCUUACUUAGUAAAUUUGUUGUUCUGUUACUAAGUGACACUUCUUUUUUGCUUGUAGUAACUAGUGAAGUUGUAUUUUCUUAUUCAAAAUGUCACAAAAAAGGGAUCCGGCUUGGGCGUAUGGAACUCCUAUGGGUAGUAACACAAAAGUCAACUGUAGCUUUUGUGAUGUGACAUACAAUGGCGGAAUAUUUUGUCACAAAAAGCAUCUUAUCGGUUGCUAUAGAGAUGUAAAAGUAUGUCCGAACGUCCCGGAUAAAGUGAAGGAAGAGAUCAAAGAAUAUUUGUUGAAGAAAAAUGAGUUUAAAAUUCAAAUGAACCAUGAAGCAUCCAUGUAACAUCUUGUUGAUAAUGAUGAAAUGAAUGAUGAUGAAGUUGAAGUGAAUAUGCCAAUGGGGCCUCCCUCAAAGCAUCAAAGGAUGCCUUCAAGUAGUGGGAGUGGGUCUUCCAUCAAUAGCACUAUCAAGGGUCCUAUGAAUCUCUAUUUCUCGCAAAAACCAAACGAAAAGAGAAAAGGUGGACCUAUUGACUUAGAAUCUUCUAGAAAGAUUUUGAGGGAUCGUGUUGUAUCUGCUUUUGCUAGGUGGAUGUAUGAUGCAGGGCUUCCUUUCAAUUGUGUUAAUUACACAGAGAGUUUUGGUGAAUUCAUUGAGGCAGUCGGCCAAUAUGGCCCUGGAAUGAAGCCCCCCACCUAUCAUGAGGUAAGAGUUCCUUUUCUAAAAAAGGAGGUGGAAAAGACAAACAAGAUAGUAGAAGAACAUAAGGUUCAAUGGAAAACGUAUGGUUGUUCCAUUAUGAUGGAUAAAUGGACAGCAAGGAAUGGAAAAAUGGUCAUUAAUGUUUUGGUGAAUUCUCCAAGAGGGAGUGUGUUCCUUGAAUCUUAUGAUGCUAGUGACUCUUCUACCGAUUCUAAUAAGAUGUUUAACUUGUUUGAGAAGACUAUCAUGAAGAUAGGCAAGGAAAAUGUGGUACAAGUUGUGACUGAUAAUGCAAGUGAGAACAAAAAAGCGGGUAACAUGUUGAAGGGAGUGUUCCCACAUAUUUUCUGGACUCCUUGUGAUGCUCACUAUAUCAAUUUGAUGUUUGGUGACAUUUUCAAAGAAGCCCCGUAUUCUACAGUUUUUGGUAAGGCAGUUAAGGUACAUGCUUAUAUCAAUCAAAGGGCAUUGUUGUUGAAUAUGAUGAGGAGAUACACAAAGCAAAGAAAUUUGGUAAAACCCGCCAAGACAAGAUUCGCAACAGCUUUUUUGACUUUGUAUAGUUUUUAUAAGCAAAAGAAAAAUUUGAGAACUUUGUUUAUGUCAACUGAAUGGAAUGAGAGUAUCUAUUCAAAGGAAACUCUUGGUAAAGAAGUUGCAAGACACAUCAUUAGUCCAUUUUUUUGGAAUGACGUUGUUCAAGCACUUAGAGUUGGUGGUCCUUUAAUUCAUGUACUUCGUAUGGUGGAUGGGGAGAAAAAACCACCAAUGGGUUACAUUUAUGAAGCCAUGGACAGGGCCAAAGAAAGUAUUGAAAAGGCAUUCAAUUAUGAUACAAGGAAAUAUAAGAGUGUUUUUGAAAUCAUUGAUGCAAGGUGGACAGAUCAACUUCAUCAACCUUUGCAUGCAGCGGGACACAUUUUGAACCCAGGGCUCUAUUAUAAAAAUAAUGACAUGAAGACUUUAACUGAAGAUGUGUGGCAGGGAUAUCAUAAAUGUGUUGAGAGGAUGAUCCCAGAUAAAAAUUUGCAAGACAAAAUAGGGGAGGAGCUUGGUGUGUACAUGAAAGCGGAUGGCCUACUUGGAAUUGAAUCAGCCAUUAGAGCUAGAACCUUAAGGUCACCAGGUGAGAAUUUCAUCUUUUAAUUGUGUUUAAAGCUUCAACUUUUAAGUUAUUACACAUCUUUUAAAAUAACUCUUCUACAGUUGAAUGGUGGAUGCAAUAUGGUCAUAAUGUCCCAAACUUGCAACAGUUUGCUAUUAGAGUGCAAAGUUUAACUUGUAGCGCAUCCGGUUGUG